AUGAUAGUGUUGCGAAUUACUAAUGACACUGUUGCGAAAGGAGAUACUAAUGAUAGUGUUGCGAAUUUUUAUUUUCUAGAAUUUCGUCAACUUAAUCAAAUAAUGUCAUUCGCAGAAGAGACAUCAAACAAACAACGGAUAUUUUCAUCAUCGUCAACAUCACUUUCAUCGUUAACAGAUAAUGCGAGCACGGAUGAUAGCGUAAAAAUGGUUAGCAAAUUUUCGAUUAGCAAAGGCAUUCCAAAUAUACCGGAUAAUUAUGAUAUGAAAAUCAAUGAUGAAAUGGAUGAGGAAGAAAUUGAAGAAGACGAAGAAUACAAUAAUGAUGAUAAAAUGAAAAAUAAUGAUCAAUCAAUAGGUCAAAGAAAGUCACUAUUUAUGCCAUUGCUAUACGAAAUGAAUUUGAACAAAAACAAAAAUAUUCAUGGAACUGUAAUUGGUCCAUCAAAUGAAAAUUUUAAUUUGGUAAAAGCAAGCGAAAAACUUCGGCAAGCUUUAAGUGGCUUUGAUACCAAUGAGAAGACAAUCAUUGAAGUUACUGUUGGUCAUAAUAAUUUUCAACGACAACAGAUUAUGAGUACAUAUGAAUAUCUCUAUUCCAAGAUAUUAAUGGAUGAUGUAAGAGAUGAACUUGGUGGAUUCUUCUUGGAUACUAUUUCAUCAUUGUUUAUUCCUACUCAUUUCUACCUGGCCAAUUUACUUCAUCAAUCACUCAAUAAUUAUAAAUUAAAUUGUGCUAUUGCAGUGGAAAUUGCUUGUACACGAACAACAAUGCAAAUGAAAGCGAUCAGGAAUGCAUAUCGGAUAGCAUUUCGCAAUACUCUUGAGUGUGAUAUAGCGAUAAAGAUAGAAGGAAUAUUUGGUGUAAUGCUUCAAUUGUUGCUCUGUUCACCUCGUAAUGAGCAAAUCAGUGAAAAUGAUAUGUUGAUAGAAAAACAUGUUGAUCUUAUCAUAAAGGAUUCGGAUGGAAUCGAAGAGAUAAGCCAUAAUGUGGUGCUGUUUGAGAAACUUUUUAUUGGUCAUUCUUGGCGACAUAUUGCUGCCGUUAUCGAUAAAAUAGACACUAAACUUGGUGGUAAUGGAUAUUUCAGAACACAAAUUAUUUAUAAUAGAAAUAUUCCAAGCGAUAUCAAAAAUAUGUUACAUACCAUAGUAAAAAUAUCUCAUAAUACUCAGUGGUAUUUUGCGGAAAAAUUAUAUAAUGCAUUGUGCAGUUCGAAACCUGAUCAUGAAACGAUCAUAAGAAUUAUUGUAAGCAGGAGUGAGAUUGAUUUAUUAGAUAUUUGUUAUGAAUAUAGGAAGCAUUAUCGUCAUUCACUCAUCGUCGAUAUCAGGAAAAUAUGCCGCGUGACCAUUAAAGGUCCACAACAACUUGAAAAAGGUCUAAUUGUUGGUAAACGUUGGAGGAUUAUUAGUAAAUUAGGCGAAGGUGGUUGUGGUGCAGUUUAUAAAGUAGAAGAUAUUCAAACAUUUGCUAAAGCAGCACUAAAAGCUGAAUCAAAUUUUGUUGAAGGUGGCAGUAUUUUGAAAUUAGAAGUGCAGAUACUCAAACGUUUAGAAGGUCGUAAAUAUGUGAUACAAUUAUUUCAAUCUGCCAAAAAAGAGACGUAUUCAUAUAUGGUGAUGACACUUCUAGGACGUUCGCUUAAUCAACUAUUUAAGCAAUGCCCUGUAUGUACCGUUUCAACGCAAGUACGAGUUGGAAUAAAUAUUUUACAUGGCCUAAAACAAUUACAUGAAGUUGGUUACAUUCAUCGAGAUGUGAAACCAGCCAAUCUUGCUAUUGGUCGACGAGGUCAAGCUAUUCAUAUCAUUCACAUCCUUGAUUUUGGCUUAUCACGAGAAUAUGUAAUACGAAAUAAUGGUAGUGUUAAAUUACGAAUGCCUCGAACAAAUACUUUAUUUCGCGGUACAAUAAGAUAUUGCUCCGCUAACACCCACACACGGAACGAACAAGGACGACCAGAUGAUUUAUGGUCAAUGGUUUAUGUUUUGGUAGAAAUGCGUGGUUCCUUACCAUGGGAUAGUAUUCGUGGUAAGGAUGAAAUUGGUAGGGUAAAAUUUCAAACGCUCGAUACAACGUUGUGCAGCAAUAGCCCUAAAGAACUUCUUGAUAUUACAAGCCAUCUUCGAACUUUGGAUUAUUAUACACGUCCAAAUUAUGCAUACAUAUAUGAAAGAUUGUACAAAGUGAUGCAAAAAUGUAAUUAUAAAUUCAGCGAUCCAUAUGAUUGGGAGGAACCGGCUUUUACCACUAUGAGUUCAAUUAGGAAGGGCCUAACAUAUGUAAGCCGAUCAUUAACACGAGUGCGUCCCCAUACACCAGCAUCAGCCGAUAUAAUUAGCGAAACAAGAAGCACAAAAAGUGAAAUGACUUCAGCAGCAACUUCAGAAGUAACCAAUGAGGAUUUUUUCACUCAAGCAGACUUUGAAAGUAAUGAAACCGGAUUUUAA